AUGCGUCCAACAUUUGCAGCUUCUGUAAUAUGCUUUUAUAUUGCAAACAGUCAAGCAACAGCUGAUUAUUCAAUGAUAGAAGUUUACGGAAAGCCGGUGUCUUUCAAUUGGACCAACACUAGAAACUUUACAUGGAAGGAGUGCGUCGAGUUUUGCUAUGAGAAGCCAGAGUGUGCGCUUGCAUAUAAUGAGAACGAAAAUAAAUGCUCGUGGUUUGCUCUUAACAACAUUAGUACAGUGGAGAAGACUACAAAACUGGAAGGUUUUGCAACUGCAAAAAUAUAUUUCUGGGCGCAAGGAUUCGGAAUGCAGUACAACUACACAAUAGUCUUUGCGAACAAUAUCUGGAAAUUUACCUUCACUUUAAAAUACGCGUGUCCCAUAACCACCUCAUACGUAUUUGUGCAACGACCUGGCGGUGUUGAAUGGUGUUUUGUCACUCCAAUUGCACCGAAUGGAACGCCGUACACAGAAGCUGCGAACGCUUGUCCGAGCAUGGAAAACAACGUGUUCACUGGACCAGCGACGAUUGCAGAGUUUGAACUGUUGGCAGCGACGAUGAAAAAACGUUUAGCGCAAACUGGAAACCGCGAUUAUCUUUUACGUGUACAUGGGAAGAGGACCACGGCAGAAAACCCCAAGCACAGAGGAUUGUAAAAGUUUGAACGGCUUCAUGUUCACGGACUCCACAGCAAAAACAGUUGCUCCUUACACUUGGAAGACUGAUGCAGGAGCCCGUGCAACCUCAACAUCCGACUGCAUUGUUUUGGUACUCAACGGAAAUAACCCAAUUGUGGCAGAUGUUCAGAGCUGCAACGCGGAUACAACUCUUCCUGCACUUGGUGUUAUGUGUGGCAAGCGGGCUUGGGUUUAUUGA